ACAUGAAAAGGGAGAGAUGAUGUCAUUGUUGCGACGACGCUGUAGAAUAAGAAACCGUCAUUGACAGCAGUCGAGAAUCAAUAGUUGUACCGUACACGUCGAGUGUUUUCUCUCUUUAUUAUGGCGUACGCUUACAUUUAUAUCCCACGUUUAAAUCUUCACGAAUAUAUUUCUGUGAACGAAAUUGAAAACUUCGAUGUGUCGCAGUUUGAUAAAGAUAUAACGCGGAAAUUAACGUUUUCUUGGCGCUUGGAAGGAACGACAGAAAACGUACAAAUUUUGUCAAUUAUUUCCUCUGAACAAUUACAAAAGAUUAAUCGACAAGUACGUGUGCCCUUAAUAAAACUUAGCAAAACUCUCAUCGAGAAACACCAGAGGAAUAUUGCCGCUGGCCAAAUAAACGAUGCUAAUUCGCAACGACCGGAGAAAGAUUCACAGGUAAUUGUAGGACGUGAAUGUUUGGGCACAAUCCAGGACACACGCGCUGCAUACGAGUGA